AUGCAGCGCUUCUCUAGUUUCAACUCUCCCUCGUCUCCUUCUGCCUCUGCCUCGUUGAAUUGUCCUGUCGCAGACUCAACAGACCAAGAAGAAGAAGACGACGACGACCAUCGUCAUCAGCACCACCCUCCUGCUUCUACUUCGGCUCCGGAGUCGGUACCCACAUUGGCGACAUCAAACACCACAACUAUCACUGGCGCAACUAAACCCGAACUUGACGCCAACGUCUCAGUUCUCUCUGCUGCAACCUCUGCUGUCGGGGAAGCUCAUAGCAAGGUCACCGCAUCUGGCAGGAACGCCCACGACUCCAGUUCGACUUCGAAGGCACCAGCAUGGAGGCGAGACUUUAACAUACCACAGCUGGCCUUCAACGUGCCCUUAUCUGACGUCGCGAUUUCUCCCUCAACCAUCUCGACUACCGGCGCUAUUCGUCAGUCAAGUUCGUCCACGGCCGGUAGUCCGCGAGGUCUUAGCGCGUCCAUACGAGGGCUUCCACAGACUCCCAUUUCGGUGAAGCGUCCCUCCGCCGCCCCGAUCCAAGGUGAACCCGUCAUGCACCCAUCACCCAUCAAGAAGGCUCGUACCGGGGCAUCGCCACCUCGCAAAGUCGAGCUUCCUAACCAAAACUCGAGCCUUGAUCCUUCAGGGCGAGGAAAACAGCAAGGACCACUCUCACCUCUCUUCUUCUCGCAUACGUCCUCAAGACACGUCCAUCGCCCGGCCAGUUUUCCCACCACUGACCCGGCCGUGUCUAUGCUUUCACGUAUGCGAGAAGAUCCGGCCGGUGGCGUCACGACAUUGAAGUUGCCGCGUGCAAGUGUAAGCUCUAUCAGUCCAGGUAGAUCUGAGAGCACACCUGGUAGCUGGGGCUCUUCAAUGGACGUCCCUACACAUUCCGCGACUCCAGAUAGUCGCACUCUCCCUCCUGGGUUGCAGAUGCUACAAGGUGUUGGUGUUAUUGAAUUUCUGGAGCAAGACGAAAGGCCUACUUUCUUGAUAGACCUGGAGAAUUCCGCCAAUGCCAGCCGCUCGGGACUUCAUAUCCUCUACUACAACGCGUCUCUGCGCAGCGCACAUGAAGUACUUCAGUACUUGUCGGUGGAUCAGGAGGAUGCCAGCUCAGAUACUGAUUUUGGUCGUUUCAAAUCAUGGAUCAUGACACCAUAUAAAUCACGCGCAUCUGCUGAUACUGCUGCCACUCACGUCUAUGCUGGCAUCACCUGGACACUCUCAACACUACGACGGAGGUUUCGCUUCAUCAGUGCUCAUGCUAGCUUUGCUACUCCUCGGUCCAGUACCGCACUACCACUUAUUGAUGAGAGAGCUGCCUCGGAAACGCGAAGUGUUGACCAAUCACCCGAGAUGCCAGUUACUCCCGAUGCUGAGCUUAUUGAUGCGCCGGACUAUUUUGGUGACGCUGAACCUCUCCAUGCUAAUUUUGAUGGUCGUUCUAGAGAUGGCGACACGAUUAUGGGAGGAGGUGAAACUCGACUACAUCCUGACGAUUUUACUAACCAAGUUUUCCAAUCACAACCUGCAAGGUCAAUAUUUGACUGGACAAAAAUACCAAUGUCGGACUCGCUACCUCCUCAUAUUAAGUUUGCCCGCUCUGUAGACUGGGCGGCCACUCCCCUGGGACCAAUCGAAGACUGGCCUGCCGAACUCAGAUCCAUGUCCAAUCUCAUCAUGGGCAGCCCUCACCCCGCUGCUAUGUACUGGGGACCCCAGUUCGUGAUCAUCUACAACGAAGCUUAUCUCGACCUUGCCGGUAAAAAGCACCCCAAGCUAAUGGGAGCUUGUUAUAUGGAUGCUUGGGCAGAAAUUUGGGAUGAACUCAAGCCGGUUUUCAAGAGUGCCUUGGAAUCCGGCCAAGCGACCAUGAAGCACGAAAAUCAGCUUUUUAUCAAUCGACAUGGCUUUUUGGAGGAGGCUUUCUUUUCUUGGUCUAUCGUGCCUAUGGUAGGCAGUGAAGGCGAGGUGGUCGGCCUCUACAACCCAGCUUUCGAGAAUACCCGGAGAAGGGUCAACGAGAGGCGAAUGCUCAUGCUUCGCGAAAUUGGCGAGAGAACCGCUGCAGCUACUACCGUUUCGGGUUUCUGGCCUCAAGUGCUGAAGGGUUUGGAAUUUAACGAAUUCGACGUGCCCUUCGCAUUGAUAUACUCAGCCAGGGAUGACACUGAGAGCGAAGUUUCGUCAUUACAUUCUGGCAGCCUGAUUCACUCACCACAGUUGUUUCUCGAAGCAAGUCUUGGAGCCCCCGAAAACCACCAAGCAGCGCUUACACAGCUCGACAUGCGACAGUCCGAUGACGGUUUCGUUCCUUAUAUGCGACAGUCAAUGGCUGCGGGCGGUAUUCCAAUUGUUCUCUCCGAAGAGGAUGGCAACCUCCCCACACACCUGAUCGAAGGUCUACAUUGGAGAGGCUUUGGCGAUCCUUCGAAAACACUCGUUAUUUUCCCCGUUAUCCCGACUACUACAGGAGAGUCCGUGAUUGGGUUCAUUGUUAUGGGUGUCAAUCCCCGCCGCCCAUACGACGAUGAUUACAAACUAUUUAUUCACCUCCUUUCCCGACAAUUGGCUACAUCGAUGGCUUCUGUGGUCUUGUUCGAGGAGGAAAUCAAGCGUGGCCAGAGAGCUGCUCGACUCGCUGCAUUGGACCGCCAGGAGCUUUCGAUGCAACUUUAUCUCCGUACACAAGAAGCCGUAGAAAGCGAGUACAGGUUUACCAGAAUGGCCGAAUUCGCUCCAGUGGGCAUGUUCAUUGCCAACUUCGCUGGCAAAAUCAACUAUUGCAAUGACAUGUGGUGGCAGAUUUCUAGGCAUUCCAGGUCCGAAGAUUCGGUCGACACUUGGAUGGACAGCGUUCGAAACGAGGAUAGACCGGCCCUCGAGGAAGCAUGGAGCAGGUUACUCAAGGAAAAGGUCACCAUUUCGGUGGAAUUCCGCUUCAAGUGCAGUCAGCAGAGUGAUGGGAACACGAUUGACACGUGGGUUCUCAUGAGUGCCUACCCAGAGAAGAACCCAGAAGGCAAUCUCAAGCUGAUAUUCGGUUGUAUCACUGAUAUUUCGUCUCAGAAAUGGGCAGAGAAGGUACAAAACGAACGACGCGAGGAAGCAGUGGAAAUGAAGCGGCAGCAAGAGAAUUUCAUCGAUAUCACGAGUCACGAGAUGCGAAACCCUCUUUCUGCAAUUUUGCAAUGCGCCGACCAGAUCGCAAGCAACAUCACAGUGUUCAAUUCGCAUACCGUCCAAGCCGAGGUUGAAAAUCUAUUAGACGCGUGUCUUGACGCCGCCAACACCAUCAAUCUGUGUGCUAGCCAUCAGAAACGCAUCGUCGACGACAUCCUAACGUUAUCCAAACUGGACUCGAACCUUUUAGCUGUUACACCUAUCGACGAUCAGCCUGUUAGGGUUGUGCAACAUGCCCUCAAGAUGUUCGAAUCAGAAUUGGUCGCCCACGAUAUCGAGUUCGACUUCAAUGUGGAUCAGAGCUUUGAGCAAUACGACAUCAAAUGGGUGAAGCUCGAUCCUUCAAGAUUGAGACAGGUUCUGAUCAACUUGAUGACGAAUGCUAUCAAGUUUACACAAGGUCGCGAAAAGAGGUCCAUUUCCGUCAGUCUCAGCGCCUCAAAGCAUGUAUCGGAGAUAUCCAGAAAGGGUAUAUCUUAUUUCGACCGUGUCGAUCAUCAACGUACCACAGUGAUGGAUAUCAACAACCCUGAAGAGUGGGGACAUGGUGAGGAAAUUAACAUUCACUGCACAGUCGAGGAUACUGGCCCUGGCUUAAUCGAGGAAGAAAUGAAACUCCUCUUCCAACGAUUUCAACAGGCAACUCCGCGAACACACGUUCAGUACGGUGGCUCAGGGCUGGGUCUGUUUAUUUCCCGUAUCUUGACAGAGAUGCAGGGUGGACAAAUCGGUGUCACGUCUCGACGUGACAUCGGAAGCAGCUUUAGUUUCUACAUCAAAUGUCGACGCUCAUUGGAUCCCCCUCCAGAUAACGAUCCAAUCAUGCCCUUCAAGAUUCCUCGAAAGUCACACGGCUCAGCACUUCCACCAAAGCCCGAGCCCAACCGUCAAAUUGCUAGAUCAAAAACGGCGGCGGUAACGAAACCAAUCAUACCCGAUGACACGACCCAAUUAUUCGAUGUGUUGAUUGUUGAAGACAAUAUCGUGAAUCAAAAGGUCCUCCAGCGACAACUACGGAACUGCGGCAAUAACACAUUUGUUGCAAACCAUGGCAAAGAAGCCCUACAGACUCUCGAACGCUCAAGGUUUUGGUUAGGAAAGGAAGCUGAAGGUGUUGACAUUUCUGUCAUUCUGAUGGAUUUGGAGAUGCCUGUCAUGGAUGGAAUGACUUGCGCUCGACGAAUUCGAGAACUCGAACGAGAGGGAACGAUUGUGCAACACAUUCCCAUCAUUGCAGUCACGGCUUAUGCCCGGCCAGAACAAAUCGAGAGUGCCAAGGCCGCAGGAAUUGACGAUGUCAUAUCCAAGCCAUUCCGAAUUCCGGAGCUAUUGCCUAAGAUUGAAGAGCUGGUGGGCAAAUACAAGAAUCUCUCGGUGUCUAAUUGA